ACCAGAGGCGCUGUCGUCUCCCGGGUCAAUGGCUGGGUCCGAUCUACUUCCGCUAUCCGGGUGGACUCGUGUCGCAGAUUCGACAGAAAUUCCUGCGUUUGUAAAGUAAAACUAAGCUUUAAAUCUUGAUUUAGCGAUUAAUUGUGACUGCAUGAUUGCUAAUGACAACUGAGAGAAUAGAUCGGGUUUUUAGAUGGGGGAAAACAUGGAUGAACUAAAAACAGCUGGUUCUGUGUUCAUGUGUCGGCUGUGCAACCUGUUUUCUCCGAUUCGUUCUCAACUACUGGCCCAUUGUUCGAAGCUGCACAGCCAACAUGAGCCCCCAGAUGACAUCAUUAUUGCGUUGCAGCCCCUUGGAACACAGCCUGGUGAAAAGCAGGGAGAAACCCCCUUGAAACGAAAACGAGGACGGCCGAAGGGCUCUACAAAGAAGGCAUGUGUGGCUGGCAUGGCUGCUACGCCCUGUUCUCCUGAGGAGCAUCUUAAAGGAGAAAUAAAGAAAAAGGACGCAGAUCUCAGUAACUCAGCCCAAGGAGACAGUCAAGAGGAGAUCUUAGGGCUGGAGUGCAGGGACUGCCAUCGCUCAUUCCGCAACAGACGACAGAUCCUUAAACACAUCUGCCUGAGGGAAGAGGAUGACGAUGAGGAUGACACAGGGAGCAUCUCUGGUGGGAAAAAAGGUGAAGGCUCUGGCAAUCUGGAUUGUACAGAUUUAAGCCAAUCAAAGCAAAACCCAACAAGAUGUAGACUCAAGGGAGAAAAGGAUAUGAGCAACUUCAGACCUCCAAGAUACAACCGAAGUCAGGCAUCGACUGAAGGAGGUCGAACAGCGGGGCAGAAAAAAAAAGUCAUCAGUGUUGUUCUGACAGAGGAUGAAACACUUCCUGGUGUUUCUCAAAUGGUUCCAGUGGAGGAUAAUUCUGCAUUACCAAAGCCUGCAGCUGUCCAAGCUCAACCUCAGCACCUUGCCAGUGAAAAUAGCACAACAACAGACCAGGAACAAAGCUCCAAGCAGACCUCUGCUUCAACAGCAACUAUCAGCAAAGGCUUCCAGGAAUAUUCCAUCAAGCAGGAAGCUCCCAAUUUAUUUCAGAGCCAGCUGAAGAUCUUUGCCUGUGAAUUUUGUAAUAAGAUUUUCAAGUUCAGACACUCGCUGGUUGCCCACCUCAGGACACACACCCAGGAAAAACCCUUUCAGUGUCCACACUGUGACUACGCGUCAGCCAUCAAAGCCAACCUGAAUGUUCAUGUGAGGAAGCACACAGGAGAGAAGUUCAGCUGUCAGCACUGUCCCUUCAGCUGCCUCAGCCCAGGGCACCUGAAGGUCCACAUAGAGCGAGUCCAUCUGAAGAAGAAGCAGCACUGCAGCUUCUGUGACAAAAAGUACUCUGAUGUGAAGAAUUUACUGAAACAUAUGGAGAAACAACAUAACCUGAAAGAUCCAACUGUCUACCAGGACUACCAGCAGCUGAGGUUAAAGACACGGCAGGGCCUCAGGCAGCUGCUGUACCGCUGCUCCACCUGUAACCGGCGCUUCAAGAACCAGUUGGAGCGGGAGCGCCACCUGUUGAUCCACGGGCCUCAGCGCCCCUUCGCCUGCCUUCUCUGUGACCACGCUGCAACCAGGAUGGCUGCCCUCACUGCCCACGUCAGGAAGCACCUCUUCCUCUACAUAUGCCGUGUCUGCAAUGAGAAGUUCGUCAGCUCUCAGAGGCUGAAGAGUCACCUGGAAGAGUCUCAUCCUGAUCUGGACCAAGAGCAGGCCUUCACCGACUGCAUCAACACCAGCUACUACCUAAUUCCACCCGAGGGAGGCGGAGGGGGCGAGGACACAGAGGGAGGAGCGGCGAAAGAGCUCAGCACAGUCCAGAAAGGUGGAAAUGACCAGAUGGGUAAGGAAGAUGGAAGAAAUGGUGCUGAAGCGGAAGAGCAGCGAAACGGGAGUGAGGGGAGAGAGGAAGAACGAGCUACACCAAACAAAAGAAAUGGAGAAGCUGAAGGAAAGCUAUGUAAAGGAGUUACUCAGCGAGGUGCCAAAGCCAGAGGUGAUGAAGCAGGCGAUGAAGAGAGGUCACACAAAACACCUGCAUGCACUGCUGCAGCCGAAAGAACGACAGAGGACGUUCACACCCCACUGUUGGACAACAGGAUUCCACAAAACAAACACACUUAUGCAGCCAGAAAUACUCUCACAUCCUCAUCUGGAAACACAAACACACACUCAUCUUCGUGUCCUCAGGUGGAAAGUAGCCAAACUCCCCCCUCAGAGAAGCCGAGUGCAUUCCAGCAGGUGUUUUCAUCUGUUCAGAAGACUCAACUUGAUGUGGAAACUUUCCAAAGGCUCAGAAAAAUUUAUGGAGACCUUGAAUGUCAAUACUGUGGUAAACUGUUCUGGUAUAAAGUCCAUUAUAAUGUCCAUGUACGCACACACACCAAGGAACACCUGCAUUACUGUUCAAAGUGCAGCUAUUCCUCCAUCACAAAAAGCUCUUUAAAGCGGCACCAGAUCCAGAAGCACAGCGGCCUGCUGCUGCCCUGCUCCAGUGCCGGCUGUAAAUACUCCACACCUGACAAAUACAAGCUUCAGGCCCAUAUGAAGACACACCAUGAGCAGGGUAGCAGUGUGACCUGUCCAGUGUGCCAGCAGAGUUAUCCAGAGCACAGACUAAAAAGCCACAUUAAGUCAUCCCACCCCGACAAACUGCCUGUGCGAGGUAAAGGACUGAUGGUGCAGCGUGCUGAGAAGUGCCCUUACUGUGACUCGUACUUCCUUAAGAACAGCAGUGACUUUCAGCAGCAUAUCUGGGCCCACCAAGGUUUGAAGCCGUAUGUCUGCAGUGUUUGUGAUUACACAAGCCGCAGCCGAAGCAACCUGAAGACUCACAUGAACCGGCACAACGUAGAGAAACAUCACCUCUGUGAUCUGUGUGGUAAAAAGUUCAAAUCUAAACUGACGCUGAAAAGCCACAGACUGAGUCACACAGGCGAAGGGAAGCGCUUUCAGUGUUCAGUGUGUGACUUCUCAUCAGUCUUUAAACCCUCCCUGCUCAGACACAUGGAGCAGCAUGCUAAGUUUAAGCCAUAUCGUUGUGCUCACUGCCACUACUCCUGUAACAUCGCUGGUGCCCUGAAGCGACACUACAACAUGAAGCACCCGGAUCAGACAUACGAGAAUGCUGGACCCGGACAGCCUAACUCUGACACACUCAAACAGCAAGGUGGUAUAAAGUGCCCAGAGUGUGACUUUGUUUAUGGAACAAAGUGGGAACUGAACCGUCACCUGAAGAGCAAACACACUCUGAAAGUGGUAGAAGGGUCGUGGGAGGUGGCUGAGGAAGUGGAGACCCAGUGUGUAUCUUUGGAGGAUGAAGAGCACCUGACAGAAGCCCCUCUGGCCAUCAUUGACGACAACGUUAAUAUCCAGCAGAUCUCUGAAUUCAGCUCGGAGACGCAGGAUGCAGUCACCUCUAUGGUUGCCAUGGCCCCAGGCUCUGUGACUGUUGUACAGCAGUUGAAGGUGGCUGAGGAGCAGGAAGCAGGCGACUGCGGCGAGCAACUGAUGGUGGUGAAUGCAGACGGCACUUUGGAUGCUAACCAAGUGAUGGUGGUUGAGGAGGCGCACGGCCUGGAGACUUUGACAGUCCUUACUCAGGGAGAAAACAUGCACCACUAUAUCGUCUAUGUCCAAGAACAAACGGUUGAGAUCAAUUAGGUAUAACAUUGUUUCUACAUCAUGCCCCCAUAAUAAAUAAAAUCAUGAUUUACUGUAUGUUCACUCAUCAUCAGGAUUCUAAUUUAUCUGAUUUAAGUUCUACUCACUUAGAAAUUAUGUCAAGACAGAGUGCAAAAAUGAGUGGUGUUAUAUUUUGUGGUAUAUUUUGCACAUAGUGUAUCAAAUAAAAUAUUGUUUCUACAAAAUUAAAUGAAUUGUAGUGGCGUCAUGUGCCAAUAUUGAAAGGAUUUUUUUCUGAUGAAAUCCAGAAAGUUUAAACUAUUAAAAG